AUGUUGCAACAUGUACCGCCUGCUGAGCGAAGAAAAGGCAAACAGUGGUCCUUGGCGACACUAUAUCCAUCGAUGAACAAUGGUUCCGGUGGAUUGCUGCAACCAACACCUCUCCUAGCGGCCAAUGCAAGCAACAACAACAACAAUCAUUCCCUGCUUUCGGGCCAGGGCAAGCAGCAGCAACCUGCCACAGCAGCAAACGUCGGCACCACGUGGAAGAACGCCGGCAACAUAAACAUCGAUCUGGACAAUCUGCUCGGCAAUGGAGCGAAGGGUAGCAGGGGUGGAUCAGGCGGUGGGGCCGGCGGUUCGAAUGCACCCUCGAUGAACCAGCUGAAAAGCAUUCACUCUAGCCCGGUACACCAACCGAUGGCGACAGCGUUGAGCCCGCAGCCUCCCUAUGGUGCCGGAGGAAUGGCCCCGACGCCGAUUAAUUUGAUGAUGACUCCCAUACAGCAGCAGCAGCAGCAGCAACCGCCCCCGGUGGGCAUGAUGAUGGGCGGUAUUGGAGGUGGUGCCUUUCUGAACGGCAACAGCAAUAACGCCGCUUCCACGCCGACUGGCGGUGCAAGUUUCGGAUCGUUCAACGCGUUUCAAUGA